GCACAGAUACGGCGGGCAUUUUAAAUCACCGGAUGUGACGUUUAGGACAAAGAAAAAAACAAAAACGUCCGUUUUUUGGGGUUGGCAUGGAUUUCGGAUGAUAAACGAAACUUUAAGCGUCCUGCCUGGUAAUUGCUUGUAUAGUAAACGUUUCAAGUUUAAGUUGUCCUACGGAACCGUUAUGGCCGCGAACAAAGUGACGCUUGUAAACAUUAGCCGUCGCCGCUAACUGAACCGCAACCUGCUGUUUGCUUUUUGGGGGAAAUGUCCGCCAGCGAAGUGCUCGAAAAUGAAGAGAAAGGUGUCCAGAUUAAGACCGAGUCCCAACGAAGAGGCUCGGAUAAUACGAGAGGAGCAGGAAAGGAGGAGAAAGCUGCGGAUACAGCAGGUGCGGGAGCAGCACCGGUACAUUGCACAGCAGAUCCGCCAAGAUGUUCAGCAGAGGCGACAGUAUGAGCUGGAACAACUUGAACGGGAGCUGAGGAAGGAGUGGGAGCAACAGCAGAGGGAGAAGCUCCAGAAGCUGCAGAGGUUAUACCAGGAGAGUCUCCAGCUGCUCGGCCAGGGACACAGAAGUGCAAAAGAAAACGAACCCGACUUGGCAGCCAUAGCUCAGAGGGAGGAGGAGAAUCACGUCAAAGCAGAGGAGCGUUAUCGAGAAGCGCUGAAGGAGCUCAAAUCACAGAGGCUUAAAGACCACGAGAGGCAAAACCAAGUUGUGAAUGCCAGGAAGAAGGCAUUACUGGCAGAAAAGGAAAGAUCAGCAAAGGUGGCUAGCCUCCCACUGCCUCUUCCAAACCCUGUUCAGCAGAACAUCAGCCCCAAAAAGCCACGUUUCGUAAGGAGAUCGGAUGUGAGUGCCUUCGCUACCACACGUUACCACAUGGCCAAGAGUACAGUGGACAGAGAGGUGGACAUAAACCAGCCAAAUGCCCACGAGGAAGCUGAGCUACAUGCGAAAAGAAAGCAGGACUGGGAGACAGAGGAAAUGAGGAGGAGAGAAGAGCAGCUGGAGAAGGCUCAUCUCAGAGGGAGGCAGGCUCUGAGGAAGGAACAGCUCAUGCAGGAUCGUGAGCGUUUGUUGGUUGAACUGGAACACAUGCAGCAGACAGAUCUGCUGAGGAGGAGGCAGCAGGUGUCACAGAUGCCUCCCCAGAUCUUCCAGCCUCUCUAUAAGAGACAGGAAAUGAGGGAAGACUUCCAGAGGGAGAUGGAGUUUGCCUUUGAGGACAUGUACACUGGAGAGAGGAGGGUUAAAGGUGACCUGGUGGUCCAGCUGGCACCCGAGCCUCUUCCAGCCCACUCCACAACCAGCCAAGAUCAAGAGCUGGAUGUCACAGUGGAUGAAAUCACUACACCUGAAACAGAAAAAGCACAACAUGACACAGAGCAGGAACCUGGAAGCACUGAGCAGGAAACAUCAGCUGCAGUGGUUUCCCAGAAACCUGCUCCUCGACGGGCAUUGAAGAGGCUCCUGGAUCGUAUCAGGAGCCAAAGGAACCAGUGGAUUGACCACAGCAGUCGCAGCUCUGCUGCUGAUUCCCCAACCGUCAUCCGAGAUCAGAUCCCAGAGCGCGACAUGACGAUCGAAACAGGCUCUCUGAUCAGUGGAGGAAAAGACGAAUGGACUUCCACCGAGCCCCAGGGGGCUAAUGGCUCUGCACCAGCAUCGGAGAAAACGCCGCUGUCAACCUCAGCUUCAGAUACUCAGUUUCCUGCUGCUCUGGCCAAUAGAAUCCAAGAGUUUGAACAAGAGCGAAAAAAACGGGUACGGGAAGAGGAACUUGAAAGGGAGAAGCAACAGCAGAUGUUUUUGCUGCAGGAGCUGGAAGAGCAGAAGGCCAAGUUGGAGCAGAUGCUGCUUGAAGCUCAGCAGGAGAAAGAACGACUGAAGGCUGCUGUGACCCAGGAAGAAAGCAUUAAGCAACCAGAAGUGCCAGUCCAUGACCACGAUGUCAUUUCUAUCACCCCUAAUUUAGCCAAUGAGGUAGUUCCUCCUGCAGAUGAGGACGACCAUAGCAAAAGGAUCAGAGAAUACCAGCAGCGGUUGUUAGAACAAAACAGAAUCCACCAAAGAGUGAAAGUGGCUCGCCAGCGCCUGGAGGAAUACCAGCGAGCUCUACAGAUUCGUUACAACAUGACUGCUACUUCAUUACUACCUCCUGUUGUGCCUCCAGGACUUGCUCACCCACCUCCAAACAGUACACGGUGUGUACGUCAACCAGGUCAUGUGCAAGCUGUGCCGACUCCUCUCCACGCUCCUCUCCACGCUUCCUGGGCCCCUUUGCAGGCUCCUCUCCAUCCCCCUCUGCAGACUUCCCAUGCUCCUCUUGUGGCUCCUCUCCAGGCUCAUGCAGUUCCUGUGUAUAAUCAUGAAUUGCCACGAACCUCUGAGGAUGUUUCCACAGAAGAAUCUGACACAUUAACGUCACCUCCCAGCCUAUCUGGUUUUAGUCUGGCUUCCAAACCGCUGCCAGAUGAUGUUGAAUCCGACUCAGACAGUCUGAGAUACCAGAGACUAAAUGACACAUCUUGGCUGACUGACAGCAUAAUGGAGAAAGUAACAGAGCACCUUCCAGAGAGAAUGAGACCCCUGUCAGUCACCAAAGAGAAGCUGCCUUAUAAACGAUUCACAGAACAUCACUCUAGAAGCAUCCCAGUGCAGCCAUCCCCUGAACCCAUCAAAGGCAUGAGAUCGACCAUCGCAGAGGUUACAGCUCCACUUCCAGGUUAUGCUCUGGCUGAGGCACGGGCCUCUCAGAGCACUGGAUCCCUGAGUGUUGGAGAGGACAACACGGAGAGGCAAAGACAAGAGUUGCAGGAGGCCCAGAGGCGAGUACUAGAGCAGAAAGAGGCACUGAUGUUGCAGCAAAGGCAACGAGAAGAGGAGAGGCGGAGACAGGACUUGGAGAUGGUGCAGAUGAGGAGACAAAAGGAGACAUUGCAGGCUCUGAUUAAUACCGAUGCACAACCAGUUCCUCAGCCUGAUGGUGAAACGAUGGUUUCAGAGAACAUUAAUCAGAACCGCCUCCAGUUACUUGCAUCCCUGCUCAAGGCCAUAGAGGAGUCUAAUGGAGGAACUUUGUCACACCUAGAGGAGCCUCAGGGUCGCGACAGCUCCUCUGAACAACAUCCAUCCAACAGCAGUCAAACAGUUCAGAGUGAUGCUGCUGCCGGACCUGGUCCGGCAUCAGUCCUCCACUCAGGACACCUCCAUCCUCCACGAGCAGCAAAGCCCCCUGUGACACGCGUCAGGCUGGGCUUCUUGGAGAUGAUGACUGAACAGCACGAGCUCAGUGCUAUUCAAGAGGUGGAAACUCCAGUCGAUGCCAGCCAACUCACAGGCCCAGACAAUGGUGUGACAGUUCCUUCACACAUUGCACGCUGGGAUCAGCAGGAGGAGUCAGACUCAUCUAUGGCUUCUGACAGGACUCUGCAGACACCCUCAGAGUUCAGCAGUGGACAGGAGAUCUCUGAAAGAUUAACCAGCUCAGGGACAAGUUCAGGGAGAUCCAGCCUCUGGAGAGAGAGACUGCUACUGACAGAGGCAGGAGCAUCUCCAGAAUCCUCCACAUCUGAUUCAGUCCCAAGAAAAAAGUCCCCUCUUUCCUCAGACUCUGGGAGAGGAGCAGAUUCCUCUGGUCCUGCAGUGAUGAGCUGCAGAUCCCCCACAGAGUCUCCAAACAGGCCUCCUGGGUCUGACAGCUUCUCUUCUACUACCAUCUCCACCGGAAGCUACAUGACUACUGACCUAGAGCAGAAUGUAAACACCGGUGAGGAACAGCCAGAUAAAUCUCUCCUCCAUAAAUGCACUGAUCAACAAGAAGGUGGAGCAGAUUUACAACACAUCUCCUCUCUGUCUGGUGAGAGCUUCUGUUUUAAGGAAAACUCAGCGACUGGCCCUCCUGGUCUGUCUGUGGACUCGAUGUUCAGUGACAGCAGUAUCCAACAAAUUAUAGACAAAUAUACACGAGAACUUGACCUCUCCCUCAGCUCUGCUGGGAAAACAGACAGUGAAGGCUCACAUAUGGAAGAACACAGUGCUUCGGUCUCUCAGCAGUCUUUGUUUCGAGUCUUGGAGAGAAGAGGGGAGGAUGAAAGCUCUGCACGACGUCAGUCUCUUCUCUCAGACGCAACAGGAACGGAGACGAGAGGCCUGGAAGUGCACAAUCAAGUCGAUCCCAAAGUGGGCGAGUUCUCUGGUGGGGUCUCAUUACUGGUUGACGACCACGAGCAGGAUUCUUUCCGGCCUCUGAUUGGUCAGCUGGCAGACCGGUCAUCCUGCCUCGUUACCGAGCAGAGGGAUUCAGCCCUGGAGCAGCUGGUUGGUCAUCCGUCGGCUCACUCAUCAAUGCUUGGUCACUCUCUGGGCCAGCUGUUCUCCCCAAGUGUAGGUCAAGAUGGAUGGGAUUCCACACUGAGUCGGAUGAUUGGUCGGCUCUCCCAUCAGUCCAGCUCUCACUGGUUGAGCGGCGGGCGAGACUUUUAUGCAGGUCAUAUGAUGGGUCGGAUGGAGACGCAGCAGUCGACCUUGUGGUUAGAUGAAGCUCCCGAUGAGAGCCAGAUGAGACCCCUGGUAGGAGAGCUGGACGAGUCUGCAGAACAGCACAGUGGAAGUUCAGGUAAAAGAAAUCGUGUGACUCUUGGUGUCUCAGCUGACAUCCGGGUCCCACCAUAUCCAGCGCUGCCUCCUGAGGCCUCAUCACACAGUGCCUCUGUCCCAGCUAUGAGCCCACAUCCACAGGAUCAGACACAGCAGAAUCAAACCAGUUCAACAGACAUGGACUCGGGCAGAGCUGAAGAGUUUGCAGGUUCAGAUUCAUUCCACCCCCUUUUGGCAGAGGUCACCCAAAAUGAAACAGCAGACCUCUCCAUCACCUUUCACCAGCCUGAGCACAGCGUGCACAAUUUUCCUGACGGGCAUCCAGCCAGCAGGGAACAUAGUGUUACUACACCUGUAGAGGUCAAUUCGCACUCUGAUCUUUCUUCUGUGGAGUCCGAGCCAUCACCAGAGCGCCUUCGAACGGAGGAGCCAAACCGCUGCCCCACAGCUUCCUCCACCUUACAUGAAUCCUUCUCCCAGCUCAUUACCACCCAGUGCCAUCCCCAGGAGUCUGUUCUGAUAGUAUCUCCCACCGUGAGGGCAGAUGUUGAGCAAACAGCUGAGAUUCUGUCAAAUUUAUCCAUGUGUGAUGAUACACCUGCUUUGGGUGUGUCACGGGCAGAGGAAAGGCUUGGAGGCGCGGAUUCAAUCAGUGCUGAAGAGAUCAAGUCUGGUCACGGUCCAAACCUGAGGAAUGCUUCUCCUGUCUCUGAUAAGAUACUGGAAGCAGCCAAACAGAAGGGGAUCCUGGAGCAGUCUGAGAUCACACUGGUGAGCCUGAGGGACUCUACACUGCAGGACCAGGAGUCCACCAGCUCAGAGGAAGAGGGAGCAUGGGUAAUCGAGAAUCCAGAUGGAAGGGGUGAGGAAGGGCAGAAAGGCCAAGUGAUGGAGGGUGCAGAAUCUACGUUGAUACCUGAGGAGACUCCAGAGUACGACAGCCAAACGCAUCCAGUGACAGUCCUAGAGUUUCAGUGGGGUCCGUGCAGAGACCAGCCAGAUGUCAACCAGCAGAAACUUGUAGCUCUGCUUCAGAGAUCCAACCACAGGGUGAAGGAAAUCACGGCCAAAGCUGCUCUUGCUAAAACUCAACGUGAGCUCCAAGUGCUACCAGAGGGCAGUGAGCAAGCUAAAGCGAACACAUGUCAACCAGUCGCCUGUAACACAAAAACUAAAGUAGAACUUCUACACAAGGCCAGUACAAAGUCAAAGGGAGGACAGGGCCCACAACAAAUGGAGAAAUCUGGUUUCAUCAAGCACCAGAAACCCCCCCAGCUUCUUCCACCAGAGAGUGAUUCCGAACAGAACAGACUGGAUGACAUGAAGAUCUGCACGCUGGAGCAAAGGAGACGUAAUCUUUCCAAGAUGCACCAGAGAACUCAAAGGCUGUAUGAGCAGCUGGAGGAGGUGAAGCAUCGGAAGGCCUUGAAGAGUCGACAGGAAGAUUAUGCAAAAAACAGACUGAAAGCUAAGGAGUUCCACAAGAAAACCUUACAGAAGCUUCGUGCCAAGCAGACCCAACAGUGAUCGACUUUGAUUGUGUCAUAGUUUACUUUGAAAAUGUUAAUUUAUAGUUUUAUCAAUAAAGCAUUUUAAGUUAUUUGCACUCAAACUGAAUCAGAAAUUUUUUUGUGUUAUCAGAUAAAAUGAUGCAAAGUAAAAAUAUUUUGGCAAAUAACAGGACUGAAUAUUUGAAAUCACUUUCACACGAGUCUCUUUAAUAAGGAAACAUUCAGGAGGUCAUUUACAGAUGAACAAAAUGUUUCUCAGCUCAUGGAUUAAACAUGUAAGGUCAGUUAAGAUUUGCCUUAGUUAAAUAUUAUCCAUAUCUGAUAUUAGAGCAGGAGAAAUAUGAACCUGAAUGAAUUUUUAAACACAUAAUGACAUUAAAAUACUGUCUAGUGUGGAUACAGAUCUCCAGCUAGUAAAUGUAA